UCCUUUGGGUGCCAGCUCUGGCUGCCCCGGGCUCUCACUUGGCCACACUGCCUUCCAGCCACCGGCAGCGUUGUGGGGACCCAAGGGAGAGCUGGGGUCCCUCUGAGCCCCCCAGCACCUGGUAUUCACCAUCCCCCAGGCUCGCACCCUCUGCAGAGAUGGGGGACCCCGAGAUGGGGGCUGAGCCCCACAUUUCUCUCCCCUUUGCUCUCGCACUCAGUGGGACCUGGGGAGGCAGCUGCCAGGUUGAGACUUCAAACGAGCAUAGAUGUGACGCAGAAAACCACAGAGGGAGGAAAAACAGCCUGUUCCUGCCCGUCCCCCCUUGCUGCCUUCCCCGGGCCUGGUAGCAGAGGUGGCGGUGCCCACGGCUGCCUCCUGCUCAGCCGCCGGUGCCGGGGCAGAGGAGGUGGCCAGCUGUGCCGAUGGCAGCCUGGCCGCUCGCCCUGCGCCUGCUGCUCCUGCUGUGGAUGUGGGGUGUGAGGAGGAGGAGGGAGAACAAAUUCACCGAGAGAAACAGAAAAUCCUCUUCUAUUGCCAAGGAAAAAGCCAGCACGACCCAGCCUCCUCCUCCCGCCCCCGGUGCCGAGGGACAGGCAGCCGGGGGCCUGUCCCCGCGGCUGAGCUUUGGGGACAGAGGUGUCCCCCCAUCAUUACAGCCAGGUUGGCAGGGUAUGGCAUGGCUGGGGAGCUCCUGGCCACCAUUGCCAGCUCCUGCAUAUUUACUCAGGCAUAAAGCUGGGGAAAGGCCCCCCGAAUCACCUUUCUGCCCCCAAAAUACCCAGCAACAGGCCAAGAGCCAGGAGCUGCUGCCCCAGGCUGGGGGUCCCGCUGGCCCCAGGGUGAGGAGCAGGACUGACACCUCGUCCCCCCUCUCUCUUGCAGCCAUUCCCUGCUAUGGAGGAGCCACUCUGAGCCCUGGAGAGCCCAGCCUGCGGCUCACUGGCAGCAGCUGCCGCUGCACCGGGAUACUGGAGGUGAUGUGGGAGAGCCGGUGGAGCCGAGUGUGCCAGAGCAGCGUGAGCAAAGCCAGCGCAGAUGUCAUCUGCCACUGGCUGGGCUGCGGUCCCACCAUCGCCAACCCCCUGGAGUUCAUCCUCGCCAGCGGGAAGGAGCCACACAUGUCGCUGUGGUGCCGGGGGCUGGUGGACACCCCAGUGGGGUGCCGCUGGGUGCCGGCAAACUGCACGGAGUAUGCAAUCCUCACCUGCAGCGAGCCGGAGAUAAACACCCCUGAGCUGCCACCGGCACCACCACCCACCACCCCAGAGCCCACCGGACCCGCCAGGCUGCGGCUGGUGGACGGAGACUUUGGCUGCUCAGGCUUCGUGGAGCUGCACAGGCAGGGGCUGUGGGGGUCCGUGGCAAGCAGCCAGGGCAUCCCACCAGAGCUGGCCACCCGCAUCUGCCAAACUCUCCACUGUGGCACCGCCAUCAGCAGCCACGGCUACACCAAGCCGGAGCGGGAAAGCCACUUGCCGGUGCGGUGGGAGGUGGUGGAGCCCUGCGAGAGCCGUCUGCUCCUCGACUGCUUCAACAGGACCAGUCCCCGGCGGGGGAAAGCACCUGCCUUCAUCAUCUGCUCGGGCUCCCAGCCCCAGGCCCUGCGGAGGCUGGCGGCCGGCCCCACGCCCUGCGAAGGGGACAUCGAAGUCUUUCACAAGGGGCAGUGGCAGGUGCUGUGCGACCACUGGCAGCAGCGAGCUAAGUGGGGCCGGCAGCUGUGCCAGGAGCUGCGCUGUGGGAACCUCUCCUCCAGCACCGAGAGCCGGGACCCCCCCUCGAAGGGCGUCAUCUGCAGGGUCCCCACCCUGCACCUCUGCUCCAUCAGCCUUGAGCCCUCCCAGACCUGCUCCCGGACCAGAGUCGUGUGCCAGGACUCAAAGCCACGUCCCGCCGGCAUAGCUGCAGGCACCAUCGUGAGCAUCUGCCUGGCCCUGCUUCUCUUUGGCAUCCUCUCACUCAUCUGUGGCCCUCCUGCCUACAGGAGACUGAUGAAGAAAAUCUCCAAAAAGAAGCAGCGCCAGUGGAUCGGCCCCACGGGACUCAACCAGACGGUCUCCUUCCACCGCAACAGCACCGUCACCCUGAGGCCUCGGGCGGAGGGGCAGCGGGUGCCACGGGGGGACAAUGAGUAUGCUCAGCCCCCCCAGAAGAGCUCCCACCUCUCGGCUUACCCAGCCCUGGAAGGCACACACAUAGCUUCCAACCCGCCAGACAAUUCCUCCGACAGUGACUACGACCUGCACUCUGCCCGUAGAGUGUGACCCCCUUCGCCAGAGCUGGGACCCCCGUGGGCUGCCCCGGUCCUCAGCCCAGCCAUAUCCCCCCACCUGCCACCCAGUGCUGUCCCAGGGUGGUCACCCACGUGGCAGCAAAGCUGUGCAACUGCUGAAUUAGCGGCUUUUCUGGCAUUUUUGGCAAGCUACCUCAUUUCCUUCGUCAGCCACCUUCCCGCCCUGCAGGCAGGGGUGGGAUGCAGCAUAAGAAAGGUAAAUUUUGAAGGGCUUGGUCUAGUGAAAGACAUCCCCACCUGUGGAUGCAGCCGACGGAACAAGAUGAUCUUUGAAGGUCCUUUCCAACCCAAACCCUUCUGCGAUUCUACGCAACAACUAACAGAACAAAGCUGACGGAAGAGAUGACAGAUACCUACACGGCUCACCUCGGAAGAAAGCCUGCCUGUAUCCCCUCUAAAUGUGAUGGGAGACUUUUGGGAAAGGGUCCCCCCAGGCCCUGCCAGAUUGGAGCCAAACGCGCCCCUGCUCCCCCACAAGUGCCAAUACUGCCGAUACGGGGCACCAGGCAGACACAGCACGGCUCCAACCCCGCCUGGCUCGGCUUUGGCUGCACCCCGGUACCCCAGCACCUUUCCGAGAAAGCUGCCUCGCGCUUUUGAGCCUCCCUUGUGGGAGCAUGCAAGGUGGGUUUUGUUUUAUUUUUAUUUUUUAAGCUAUUUGUGUGAGUUUAAGAAGCAGCUGGGUUGCUGCAGGCUUCAUACCUGCACGGAGAGCAGAGCAGCCACAGCCGUUCGGAGGGGGGUUGCCAGCGUCUGUGUCUCUCAAACCCGGGAUAACCGCACUCCUCCUGCCACCUGGGCCAGGCUGAAAGCGAAAUCGGCUGCUGCCUGCCAGGCGCUCUGGUACCGGGGUGCAGAGCUUCGCAAGAAAGACUGCGAGACCCGCGUCUGCUGGGUUCCUGGGGGAGCUGUGAAGACCCACGCUUGGCUGUUUGUGUGGGAUGGUGCGAGAUUUGCGCAGAUGGAUAAAGCAAAAGCACGGACGCGAGGAGCAUGGGGAGGGUAGAAAUACUGAGAACAAGUCCAAGAUAUUUAAUAAGCAAUAACCACUGUAAUAAAAUUGUUUUUUCUAGUAAUUACA